UCAAAAACAAAAGUUCAUAAAUAAAUUUGUGUUGAGUUUUUCUUAAAAUUCAGAUGUAAAUCAUUCAAAUUUGGGUACUCAAGAAGUUUUUUUGUUGUGCCAUUAGUUUGUCAAGCAGAAUAUAUACGAGUUUGUUCAAAUAAAGUCGAUUGUAUUUGAUUUUUGUUGGUGCUAUCCUACUACCAACAGCUGCUAACACUGAAUCAAUAUAAAAACAAAACUUCUGAUAACGAAUGUGUGAUAAUGAGCUACUGAUAGGAUUUACCAAGAGUACGUUAUUGCAAUAAGGAAUUCAGUCAUCCUGUCGAAAAGAUGCAGAUCCACGCCGUGAGUAGUUCGUCGUCUAUCAAUGGUCUGGCAAAAGCGUCGUCUACUUCAUCUCAUCCGGACAGCGAAAUGAAGAAAUUGUGCCGAAUUAUUGCUCAUAAUAGGAGCUUUAAAGACGAAGAUUUACUUUUGAAUCCAAAGGAUCAUCCGGAGCUGAAAUUAAAGGACAUCGUUGAAAUUUACGACCCGGAAGACGAUGGAGUUCGAUUGCUGCUGCAGGUGACUUGUCUUACGGAAGACUUGAUGAAUAGGGAAACAAUCAGUGUCGAAGCGAACGUAGCACUGGCUUUCAAUUUGAAGCCUUACAAAGAUGUGUAUAUGCGCAAGAUGGACCCCAAUGAAGUGGCCUUGGAUUCGGUGGAGAUUACUUUCAAAGAUCAGUACAUGGGUCGGUCGGAGAUGUGGAGGCUUAAGACAUAUCUGACGAACACUUGUGUUUAUUUGAACAAAAAAAUCGAAUACUGCGAGAGCUGCAUCCGUUGUCAGGUGUAUGAGAUGUGGUCACAGGGUGACAGAGUGGCAUGUGGAGUCAUUACAGAAGACACCAAGGUGGUUUUCAGAAGUAAUACUUCAAUGGUUUAUCUGUUCAUUCAAAUGUCGUCGGAGAUGUGGGACUUUGAUAUCCAUGGUGAUUUGUAUUUCGAAAAAGCGGUAAACGGCUUUUUAGCCGACCUGUAUACGAAAUGGAAAAAGAUCGGCAGUAAUCAUGAGGUGACAAUUGUGAUGUUUUCAAACUUUUAUGCAGCUCGGUGCCUCGAUGAGUUCCUACUCCAUAUGAGAGAUUGUCUACAGAUGGACUAUAAAGGUCGAUACUACGAGGAUUUCUAUCGCAUCGCGAUACAAAAUGAACGUUGUGAUGACUGGAGUUCAACGUUGGUUCAGUUGAGGCGUCUUUUUACUGGCUAUAGGGACGUUGUUCUGAAGUAUCACGAGCGCCCGGAUGUGGACAUAAAAAUCCCAUCCGCAAUCAAUUCUACAGCAGCACAAGGAAAUUUCUUAGAAGUACUGAACAUAUCGUUGAACGUUUUUGAAAAACAUUAUCUGGACAGAAGCUUUGAUCGCACGGGACAGCUUUCGGUUGUUAUUACACCGGGGGUUGGCGUUUUCGAAGUUGAUCGGGAGCUUACCAACAUCACGAAACAACGAAUCAUUGAUAAUGGAGUUGGGAGCGAUUUGGUUUGUGUCGGUGAACAACCGCUACACGCCGUUCCGUUGCUGAAAUUUCACAACAAAGAUUCACUGACAUCAAUCGAUGAUUACUCCAUGCCUCAUUGGAUAAAUCUUAGUUUCUAUUCGACUAACAAAACAGGAGGAUACUCAUCGUUCAUACCACGCAUUAAACCACCACCGAUUGUUUCCGAAGCCAAUCUUUGUGAGAACGCAGAUGCAUUUCAAUCACUGCUGCCAAAGAAAGAGAGUAAAAACGAGUAUAUUCACAAUUGUUUGUUCGACUAUGAUGCUUACGACGAUCAAAUUUUUCAACUGCCUUCGGUUCAGGGAACUUGUUCGCUGCAACGUGUCGGUCGUACCAAGAAAACUUCUGUUCCUAGCCUGGAUAACUUUGGCACAUAUGGAAAUACCCGGGAAUGGGAGAAUAUGUUGUUCCCUUGUGAAUUGCGGCGGAAAAUGUCCGAUCCGGAUAUUCACCACAACACGAAUAACAUGUUGAAUAUGAGUCUCACGUCAAACAGUAGCUCGCCAAGUGCAACAGAGAAGAUCAGCGAUAAGAAUAUGAAUCGGAGUUUCGGAUCGACCAGUGGACCGGUGGUUAGAACAGGAAGAGCAUUGAUCAAUCCUUUUGAUCCGUCCCAUGUCACUAUCAAACUAACGUCCAACAGGAGGCGGUGGACACAUAUCUUUCCCAAGGGCCCUCAGGGUGUUCUUAUCCAGCAACAUCACUAUCAGGCUGUACCGACGACAACAAAGUCCACCAACUAUGCAACGUUCGAUUUGGAUUCCAGCAGUGAAUAUGCGCAUACUUCUACAUGCACGUGGGGUCGAGGAAGGUAUGGAAGCAAUGCCUCAUUCGAUAGUCGUUUGAACGAUGAAGACCUAAAAUGGAUUUCGGAUAAUAGAGGGAAUCGUCGGAAAUCUGGGUUGCACUCAGCUGCCGGUCCAACGGUGACGGUUACUCCUUCCAAAAGCCUCACUUUACUUUGGGGUGUAACAGGGGAGCAAGAAUGGACCCCAUCGCUCACUACAGCCGGACGAGUGAUCAUAGAGUUGGACCAAUAUGCUGUAUCUCAUUAA